UCGUCUGUCUCGGCAGGGGCACAUCGGGUCACCAGAUAUGACAGCGGGCACUGGGUCACCAGGCAUCAGGUCAUUUGGCUCGCCAGCGGGCACCGCGUCAUCUGGCAAGGCAGUGGGCACCGAGUCACCAGGCACGACAGCGGGUCUGAGUCAACUGGCAUGACAAAGCGGGGCACCGGGUCAUCAGGUACCGGAUUGUCUGGCUCGACAGUGGGCAUCGGGUCACCAGGCAUCAGGUCAUUUGGCUCGCCAGCGGGCACCGCGUCAUCUGGCAAGGCAGUGGGCACCGAGUCACCAGGUACGACAGCGGGCUCUGAGUCAAUUGGCACGACAAGCGGGCACCGGAUCAGGUACCUGAUUUCUGGAUCAACAGCGGGCAUCGAGUCAACUGGCCUAAUAGGAUCUAGAGGCAUCAGGCUGAGUAGAGGCAUCAGGCUGAGUAGAGGCAUCAGGCCUGAGUAGAGGCAUCAGGGC